GGUGCACAAUUAUUUUAAACCUUAUUUGUACUGGUAUACUGAAUAUAUUUUCAAAUGUUUUUGAAAAUAGCCUUGAAAAUUGUAUUUGCAAUUUGAGAGGCUUUCAAAAGAAAUUGCCGUACAGAGUAUUGCUUUGGAUUUUUAUUCAUAAUGACAGAAGUUAUAGAUUAAAUUUUAAUGUUUAAUAAUGGCUCACUUUCCUCUUUUAAAACUAAGCUUGUUAGCUUUGAAGCAAAUUAGUAAGCCAGUAGUCAAGAGCAUUAAAGACAACGCUAAAACCAAUGAGCCAUUGCGUAAAUAUUUAAUCGUCCCAACAGCACAAAGUAAGAAGUUUCUUAUAUCGUAGCUUUAAAGUUUGCGAUAUUGUAUUAUAUACGAUCUGUAGCCUAUCAUUGGAUUGGGGUAAGAACAAAAAUGCGAAUACUUGGCAUGAGUCAACCAAAAUAUAUACCGCCCUUAAACAACGCGCUGGCAAUCCAAACCGGAAGUGAAUUAGUGGGUGAACUGUUGAUCUUUAUAAUUGCUGUCAGCUUGCUAUUACUGGAGUUCUCACGGCAAGCGCGGAACGAAGCUUUGAAGAACAGUCAACAUCAGGCUGAGAAGGUAAAGUUGAAAAAUGAGUUGGAAACUUUGAAUGAUCGGGUUUUGAAUCAAACACGCGAAAUAAUAAAUCUUAAAGCACAGCUCGUGGAAUUCAUGGAUCUUCAUGAAAGCUAACAAAAAUUGUUCAAAGUUUUGUAUUAAAUCAAAUGAUUUUCGGUUUUCUGUCAAACAAUAUGCUUCAACAAUUUUAUUUUUAAUUUUUUUUACUCUAAUAAAUUUUGGUUAUCGAAAUGGUCUCUGCAUAUCCUAUCGGAAAAAUUGCUGUACUUGGAAUUAAGCAGAUCGCCACUCCAUUCAGCAAAGUUUUAAAGACUUUUGCCCAAAACAAUUCGAUAUUUAAAAAGUAUAUUUGUGCUCCGGCUGGUCAAAUAAUACAUUGGAUCGAGACAAGAUCAAAAAUGCACAUGCUAAGACUACCUCAACCCAAAAGAGUUCCUAAGCUCUCGGAAGACAUGGCUAUCAGCAUGGGAGCAAACCUUUUAAGCGAAGUUUUUACAAUGGGCUUAGGCUUACUACUGAUAUACAUCGAAUCUUCACGGAAAGCAAAAAAGGAUAAGGUGAAGAAUGACUUACACAGAGAGAAUCAAGAGAAGCUAAGAAUAGAAAUAGAAACAUUGAAUAAUCUGCUCGAUUGGCAGAAAAAACAAAUAUAUAUAAUACGUGAGCAAUUAAAUGAAUUUGAAAGAAAUAGUCUUUAAGACUAAAAUCACUAGUAUUAUUUUUGUAGAUUCAUUGCUUUUAUUCGCAUUUCAAAGCUUUAAGUCUCAAAAUCUUUCAUGUUCCUUAAAUAUCGAUUAACACAAAUCGUGUAUCGUCUCGCGUGACCCACUCAACACGCCACUUAGAAAAAACAGCUGUGUUCGUCGAUCGCCAGCCCUGGUUUGCUUCUAGUUUUCUGUGCCGAGAUUUUGUAAUAUAAAUUAAUAUAAGAGAUGGUUAUUGGAGUAUUUCCAGCCGCCAAACUUGGCGUGCUGGCAAUUAAACAAAUUAGCAAGCCCAUUGCCAAUGUUAUAAAGUCCAAUGCAAAAUCAAGUCCAUUCUUCAGGAAAUACAUAUGCAUGCCGCCGGCACAGUUUUACAAUUGGGUGGAGGUAAAAACUAAGAUGUGGGCACUGAAUCUUGGACGGCCAGUCACGGUGCCACCUUUGAAUGAAGCCAUGGCCAUUGAGCUGGGCGCCAAUCUGCUUGGAGAGUUUAUUAUCUUUGCCAUUGGCGCCGGUUUGCUAAUAUUUGAGUAUUCCCGGCAAGCGAUAAAAGAGAACAAAAAAAAUGAGGCUUUACAAUUGGAGAAAAUGCAGCUGACGAACACGCUGACUGAAAUGAACUUUCGCCUGGAGCGUCAGGAUGCACAAAUACGAGAAAUGACCCGUGUUCUGGCGGACCUAGAUUCACGCAGCAUUUUUAAGUGGCACAAAGAACCCUUGCAGGAGUAUGUGCCCUUCGAUCCCAGUACACCAGAUCAGAGCGCCAGCGCCAGAAAUCCUAAAACAUAUUUGGGCUCAUACGAUCCCGAGGGCGGCAUGACAUUCCGUGCGCUCAACUAUCUACAAACACAGAUCUUUAUCGAUGGUCGCAAUCGAAAGGGAAAGCAAGCACUGCAGCACAUGGAUGAGGUGGCUGAAAAACUUGAAAGAUCAUUUGGCGAGACGGUAAACAAUGCUGCGUUGCCCGUGAAAUCACUACAAUGACCAAAUCUGAAUAAGGAUCAGGAUUUGGCCCUACUCAUGUAUGCACUGACACUGGUAGAACAAUAGUUCGCAUACAAAAUGCCACACCAAAUCGAUAAACUGCUUGAUUUAAACAAAUUUAAUUGUUAAAUCUACUUAUAUAUACUAUAUAUAGAUAGGUUAAAAGUCAAGUGUAAAUGUAAAUGUAUUUAUUAAUUUUUAUUGUUACUGAAGAACAAACUAUGAGAGAUGUUUAA